AUGCGGCACUGCGGCUCCAUCUAUGAGGAGAUGGCGAAGCAGCUUCUGGCGACCGGCCGUUGGUCCCACCUAUCCGUCCGCCAAUGCUCUGUCACGAAAGCCCUCGUCGUCUCUGAAACGCAAAAAGACUUAUCUGAGACGAACCUGCACUUGCUCCUUGGAGAGAAGAUGCCGUGCGAGCGGGUAAUUGCAACCCGGCGUUUCAUGUCGAAGCGGUACCGGAGCCGCCUUGGCGAGGGCACCAACGCGAGGCGCUCCUCCUACGGCUCGCGCCCCUACACGUCCCCGGGACUCCGGAUGCCGAUGGGCAGCGGCGAUGACGGCGAGGUGCGCGUGGUGGACUUUGUGGAGAACACGCGAAGCAUUACGUUGAAGAGUUCAAUGGUGACGGCGCUGCUAAAGUACCACAACUACAACUGGAAUACGCUUGGCGACUAUCUUCCUAUGUCCUUUAAGCUGACGCCAUGCCAGUCAAGCCGUGACGAGAGGCAGCAACUGCUAGCAACAGUAAAGGGCAGUAUGCGGCUACCUCGCGAGGGGGAUGAGCCGCGCUUGUGGAUCGCGAAGAGCUCGGCCGGGUGCCACGGCGACAACAUUGAGAUUUUUCGCGGUGACUACCGGGGAAUUCUAAAGCUGCUGCGCUUCAUCGACAGCCAACACGGCAGUCAACCUUGGAUAGCGCAGCAGUACGUAGAUCGUCCUCUCCUGUACCACAAGCGCAAGUUCGACAUCCGGUGCUGGGCUUUGCUCCUUCGCGAUAUGUACGAGAUCUACGUGCACGAGGAGUUGGUGAUGCGCACCAGCAGCGUGCCGUACAAUCGCAAAACCGCGACGUCCAAGACUCCCGCGGGUCGGCUGGCGCACAUCACGAAUCAUUGCGUGCAGGAAACGAGCAAGAUGUACUCGUUGUACGAGGAGAGCAACGAGCUGUGGCGGGAGCACUUGGAUGGACUCAUACGCUACAAGGGAACGGUGAGAGUUGCAAAGCUGAAGCAGGAAAAGUACACUUCUCUCUACAGUCCGCGCCCACAGGAGCCGAGCCGCGGCGACGUUCCGUACCCGACAAGGUACUCAAACGAUUCGCGGGAGUCCCCGUACCCGAUUCGCGAGGUGAACCGCGGUGACAGUGCAACUGCCCCAUUCCUCGUCAGCGCCCAUGAUGAGCCAACCACGAUCACCCUCGACAAUCACAUCAUGCCGCAGAUCCACUUUAUCAUUCGCGACUCGCUGCUGGCCGCACGGUCGCACGUGCCAGAUGAGCCGGACAUCCCCCCUACCCAUACCUUUCAAGUCUUCGGAUACGAUUUUCUCAUCGACGAGAACCUCAAAGUGUGGCUCCUGGAGAUCAACGGUGCGCCGGGGGGCCCUGACCGCCUGAAGCCUGCGCUGGUGAAGGAUACAAUUGAGCUGGCGGUGGCCCCAUACUUUCCGGGUACGAUGAACCUGAAAGCAAAGGGGCACAACGGCUAUGUGCGCGUGUAUCCUUGA